AAUGACUGGGUCGCAACAAACCCAGUGUACCUAGAGUUUCAAGACCAGAUCAGAUGUUCACACUAUUCACACUAAAUCAUCCGCAGGCGGUUACUACGCGGAAGAGGAGAGCAAGCGACAAAAAGCUAACUAGUGCUCAAGCUAGCAGCUUAGUCAUGAGCCCCACGCAAUCGGCGCGCUUCAAAAGGCCACGGCUUGGUUAAAACUGUUCUCUUCAGGCAGCACUCGCUGUUCCUCAGACACCACCGCUCACCACACUCGCUCACAGUCGUGAUUGAAAAUGGAUGUCUUUUGGACGCUGCCGCCGGUCUCUAGGACCAUCACGGCACUCUCUGUAGUUGUGUCCGCGCUAGGCUACGGCGGCAUCAUCAGCCUGUACCAGUACAUCUUCGCGAGUCAGUUCGUCUUCACGACCAAGAUUGUACCGCAAGUCUGGCGCGUCUUCACCGCGUUCCUCAUUACGAAACCGAAGUUCGCAAUUCUACUAGACCCAUACUUCCUGUACCAAUACGGCAGUGCUCUCGAGCGCGAGUCGUCGCGAUUUGCGCAGCCGGGCGACUUCUUUGUGUACACUAUGUUCGUUGGCUCGGUCAUAGUCGCGACCGCAGGUGUGAUUUUCAACGGAUACACGUUCCUCCCCGCGCUUUCGCUCGCAUACGCGUACACGUUCGCUCAAGACAAUCCUACCCGCCAGGUCAACUUUUUCAUCGUGAACUUCGAUGCCAAGUUCCUGCCAUUCGCCCUGCUGUUCAUGACCUUCGUUAUCGACGGUCAGACUGCCGCGCUUACCCAGAUCGCCGGCCUCGUCGCCGCCCACUUGUACGACUUCCUGACCCGUAUUUGGCCGACUUUCGGUGGAGGUAAGAACUACAUCUUCACACCGCAGACGGUGAAACGCUGGUUCGGUGCAACGCCUGGCACGGCUCAGAACAGGGGCUAUGGACAUGCUGUGCAGGGUCGAGGGCGUGAGACUGGCUCCAAUCAGCCGAGCACGGGACGCAGCACCGGUGCGCAAUUUGGUAGCAUGGGCCCCGGUCGUCGUCUUGGAGGCGAGUAAGCUUACCAAAUACCCUCAUCGUUGGAGGGGGGUAGCUAGGCGAAGGUGGAAUACCUGUUGCUUAGGUAGGGUACCCAAGCUUGAAAGACAACUCUGCAGGAAGAUGGACGAGCAGCAUUACGAUAACAACACAAUAUAACAUGUCAAACAUUCA